AUGUCGAAAUCGCCAAUAGAAUCGCAUAUGCCAAAACCCAAGAAGGAUAUACAGCGACCCUCCGGCUCAGAAAGUCCGGAAGUUCAACAUGUUGAAAUGGCCUCUGGCCCUGGGGCGAGUUCACAUUCAAACCCUAUUGAUCUGAGUGAUGAAUGCCAGCUCUAUUCAAGGACACCUCUUCCUUCGCGUACUCUGGCCAAUGCACGAGCUGCACUGCAACAACUAGUUCUAAGAUCUAGAUAUGGUUCUUCAUAUAUAUUUGAAGGUUGUGGCUCGCAUGAUUCAAUUAAUCUUCCUCAGCCGCCUCCUGCUAGAGUCGUCGGUCAGUCUGGUGUCUCAAGUCCCAGAAGAUCUUCUAGCCAUAGCGCGGGCUUUGAUGUAAGAUGUGCUCAAGAACACGCGCUCCCAGAGAUCUCAUUCGGGGCCAAUGCACCCAUGCCACGUUGGCGAAUCGAGCAUAUUCAUCCACUACUUGCUCGGGGAAGCCCAACGCUGCGAUGGGUGUUCGAUUCUGGUACAGACUUUGCCCAAUUCGGAUGGUCAGAGGAUAUGAUUUACGAAUACGCAUACAGGUGGCUUGAGGAAGCCCUUAACGAUCCAUCGUUUGGACUAUACACGAGGUCCAACAUUCUCGACGGACAUGGCGAAGAUCCGUUACCGACCCUCCCGCCAGCACCAAGUACAUGCUAUUUUCAAAGAUGGUCUCAAUCAUCGAGAACCAGUGAUAACUGCAAGGACAAAGCUGACGCCUCAGAAGCUCCUAAACAGCCGUCUCGAACUGAGCAGCCGUUUUCCGGAUAUCACGGAAUCCACAACAAUUAUAUGUUUGACUUUGAAUCUUCCGAAGGCUGCAAUGAGACAGAUCUCGAGCUUGGCCGACAUAAGUCGACUCAAAUGUCGGGGGAAGCAACUAUGGACGAAAACCAGUCAAUGCAAUUCAAUGGAUAUAGAUGGGUCUGGUUCAGCAUCGCUUUUUUGGUAUUGAGCAUGUUUCUGUGUCUUUUCCUAUAUGCUUUUCGGAUCAUCAAAUGA